GAGAGAUCUUUUUUUUUUAAAAGAAACAAAUUGUCACGAACUGGUCUAACAAGAAAGAAGGAAGUAGUUUUGACGGUGCCAAACAAAAACAGCAAGCAAUAUUUCGCCUGUGUGUUUCGGAUGAGCGAUGCCAGCAAAGCCCGAGUGAGGAGGACACCGGCGGAUUGAACAGAUGAAGUCUACGGCCACAGUAGUUUCCACGAUUGUAGCUCUUGCUUGCUUUGGCGCAUUGUAUGUAGGGGGCAAAACAGUGAUAUCUGUUGAUGAUGUUCAGUCAAUACGCGUCGACCUGGACCUGUCCCAUGUUGCCCGACGGGUGGACGAAAGGUUUCUCUCCGUGGCCAUAGAUGCGAGUUUAAUCGCCGAGGAGAAGUUCAUGAACCUACUGAAUUCACCGAAGUUAAGAACCCUUGCCAAAGCCUUGAUCCCAGCGUUUCUGCGAUUUGGAGGAACCAAACAAGACUUUAUGAAAUUCAACCCACGCGGAAGAUAUUUUCAAGCGAGAGACAACAGCAGCAGCGCUGUUCUAGGAAAAUUAUGUGAGAGACUUGAAUUGCCUCCAUUUCUGGAAAACAGGUUAAAGAAAGAAUGGGUCUUACAGUCAAAGACUUUACUUCAGGAGGAACAAGAGGGAAAAUACAAAAAGACUAAAUUCUCUGAAUACGCAGUCGAUCUGCUAUAUGCUUUUGCGAACUGCUCUGGUUUGGACCUCAUCUUCGGUUUGAAUGCUUUGCUCAGAACCAGCGAAAAUACAUGGAACAGCACAAAUGCAGAAUUGCUGUUGAAGUACUGUGAGUCCAGGCAGUAUGUGAUGUCCUGGGAGCUGGGGAAUGAACCCAACAGCUAUGAGAAAAAGGCGCAGAUCAGAGUGGAUGGGUACCAGCUCGGUCAGGAUUUUGUCCAUUUGCAUCAAAUCCUUCAGGAAUCUGCGGUCUACCACUCGACAGGACUAUAUGGACCAGAUAUUAGUCAGCCAAGAGAUCACCGCAAAGAUUUGUUAACUGGGUUUUUGGAGACUGGAGCAAAGGCCAUUACUGCAUGCACCUGGCAUCACUAUUAUGUGAAUGGCCGAGACACGUCUUUAGAGGAUUUCCUUGACCCUGAAGUGCUUGAUACUCUCGCAACAAAAAUUAACGAGGUCCUCGAGAUUGUUGAAUCUGUUUCUCCGGGGAAGAAGGUUUGGCUAGGAGAGACUAGCUCAGCAUAUGGUGGAGGCGCUGUUGGACUUUCUGACACAUUUGUAGCUGGUUUCAUGUGGCUGGACAAACUGGGGCUUGCUGCCAAGCUUGGUUUAGAUGUCGUCAUCAGACAGGUGUUAAUUGGUUCUGGCACGUACCAUUUAGUGGAUGAUAACCUAGAUCCUCUUCCAGAUUACUGGCUAUCAUUGCUAUACAAAAGACUUGUUGGUCCAGAGGUCUUAAAAGCACAAGUUCAUAUGAAUUCAGGACCAAAGAAACCAAUACGGGUUUACCUUCACUGCACUAACAGAAAAAGCACACAUUAUAGACCAGGUGCUGUGACCUUAUUCGCCUUAAACCUAAACAAAAAUGAAAUCACGCUUAGUCUGCCUGCGCAUACAGCCAACAGCACCAUUGAAGCAUUUGUGCUACAGUCAGCUGAGACUGGCGAACAGAGUCUUUAUUCCAGGUCAGUCAAAUUGAACGGACAAGUGCUGAAGAUGGUGGAUGACCGAACACUUCCUCUGCUGAAGGGACAUGAGCUGCCGCCUGGAGAACACAUCCAGCUGCCUGGGUUCUCAUUUGCAUUCUAUGUUCUGAUGGAAGCACAAGCUCCGGUAUGCAAAUGAGCUCUCAUAAAGACUGCUUUCACUGGAGAAUCAGGGACACAAAAUGUGUGAUGACAAAACAUUUUGCUGUGACACUAUUUUAUGUGAGGGAACUUCGAACUUGAAUGAAAUUAAUCAGUGUCUUAAUAUAUUAUCACUCUUUUGUUAUUUAUGAAAAUUCAUAUUUAUUACAAAUAUCAAGCUGUAGCCAAAAAGAACUUGUUUAAUACUUCAUGAACAACAUGCACUGGGUUUAAUCCAUUUUACAUCUGUUGAAAUAAACUGAUUUUGAUCAAA